CCCGGCAGCCGCGCGGCUACUUCAGCAGCCUGAGGCAGCCCCGGGCGGAUGGGCACUCGUCCAGCGCCGAGAGCAUCGAUGGUUCCCCGCGCAGAGACGCCUUUGUGAACAGCCAGGAAUGGACGCUGAGUCGGUCUGUCCCAGAGCUCAAAGUGGGAAUUGUGGGUAACCUGGCCAGCGGCAAGUCGGCCCUGGUGCACCGGUACCUGACCGGCACCUACGUCCAGGAGGAGUCUCCGGAAGGUGGCAGAUUCAAGAAGGAGAUCGUCGUUGACGGACAGAGCUACCUGCUGCUGAUCCGCGAUGAGGGGGGCCCCCCCGAGGCCCAGUUUGCCAUGUGGGUGGACGCUGUCAUAUUCGUCUUCAGCUUGGAGGAUGAGAUCAGCUUCCAGACCGUGUACCACUACUACAGCCGGAUGGCCAGCUGCCGCAACACCAGCGAGGUCCCGCUCGUCCUGGUGGGCACCCAGGACGCCAUCAGCUCCAGCAACCCGCGGGUCAUCGACGACGCCCGGGCGCGCAAGCUGUCCGGGGACCUGAAGCGCUGCACCUACUACGAGACCUGCGCCACCUACGGGCUCAACGUGGAGCGCGUCUUCCAGGACGUUGCCCAGAAAAUCGUCGCCACCAGGAAGAAGCAGCAGCUGUCCAUCGGGCCCUGCAAGUCCCUGCCCAGCUCGCCCAGCCACUCGUCCGUCUGCUCCGCGCAGGUGUCUGCUGCGCACAUCAGCCAGACGAGCAACGGCGGCGGCAGCUUGAGCGACUACUCCUCCUCCGUGCCGUCGACCCCGAGCACCAGCCAGAAGGAGCUGCGGAUAGACGCGCCCCCCGCCGCCAGCACGCCCACGCCCGUGCGCAAGCAGUCCAAGCGGCGCUCCAACCUGUUCACCUCUCGGAAAGGGAGUGACCCAGACAAAGAGAAGAAAGGCCUGGAGGGUCGCGCAGACAGCGUCGGCAGCGGACGAGCCAUCCCCAUCAAACAGGGCAUCCUGCUGAAGCGCAGCGGCAAGUCCCUGAACAAGGAGUGGAAGAAGAAGUACGUGACCCUGUGCGACAACGGGCUGCUCACCUACCACCCCAGCCUGCACGUGAGUGUCACCCCGGGGCGCGGCCGCACAGACACGACUCGGAGCGUGGCCCUGAAAACACCCGUGCAGUUGUGGGUAGAGCAUAAUUACUGUGAGGUGCUGGUUCAGAAGAGACACCACGUAGCCAGUAUCAGUUCGCACUACCAGCCCUCAGCGGGGGCCACCCAGCCACUGGCCUUCAGCCUGCUGACCCCGUUAGAGCAGGUGGUCCUGCCAGCCGGGGAGGGUGGCGGUGGCCGCUUCUUCUCAGGUGUGCCUGUGGCCCGAAUGGAAACCCAUCAAGGGAAUGAUCUGCCAGAUGCCCACGACCGAGAGCCGCCGUCACACCUGACGGCUUCUCUCAGCGACAAGGUUGUCCGCAAAACCGGGGCUGGUGCCGCUUGCGAGGCCCCUGGAUGCUUCUCUGCAAGCCCAGCCUGGGCCGGCCGCACCCUCUCAAUCACCAUCUCCCCCAGGGGACGGAACGACAUCGUGGACGGCCGAAAUGUUUUUAGAUCAGGAAUCGAUGAAACUCAAGUAUCGGGCGGCACCGAACGCCCGGGCGCUGACGACUCCCCGGCCCUCGCGGAGGGCGGCCCCCCAGAAGCAACGGGGGCCGCCUGGUCCCCCGAUGAGUCGGAGGCAGAUGCUUUCCUGAGCCGAGGAGCCGCUGGGGGAAGCACAGCACCCGAGCAGCAGCUGGUUCCCGUCGCUCCAAACCGGCCCUGCCGUCGGCCCUGGGCGCUGAAGGUCAUCCCAACCUGCUCCGCCCCAGGGAGCUUGACCGAGAGCCCACAGCGGGCCGCGGCGCCCGCCCUGGCGUCGAAUAAGCCGUCCCGGGGAGACGUGCUCGUGUGCCCCGGGCUUUCCCCGCAGUGGCGCGCUCCCCUCGGCGGGCGCUUCUCGGCCCGUCCGUGGGUUCCCGGGACCUGGGAGGUGGACCUCCUGAGAACCACUGUGAAGGUCCCGGGGAAGAGGCCGCCCCGAGCCACGUCUGCCUGCGCGCCCAUCUCCAGCCCCAAGACCAACGGCCUGGCCAAGGACAUGAGCAGUUUACACAUCUCCCCGAAUUCAGGGCAUGUCACUAGUGCGCCCGGGGCGCCGACGGCCGGCGGCGUCAGCCUGGUGUCCCUCGGUGGCCGGCAGGACGGCGCGCAGCAGCGCUCGCACUCCGUCUCCAGCGCCGACCAGUGGAGCGAGGCCACAGUCAUUGCAAACUCGGCCGUCAGCAGUGACACGGGGCUGGGGGACUCCGUGUGCUCCAGCCCAAGCAUCUCCAGCACCACCAGCCCCAAGCUCGACCCGCCCCCCUCCCCCCACGCCAACAGAAAGAAGCACCGAAGGAAGAAAAGCACCAGCAACUUCAAAGCCGACGGUCUCGCGGGCACGGCUGAAGAACAAGAGGAGAACUUCGAGUUCAUCAUUGUGUCCCUCACUGGCCAGACGUGGCACUUUGAGGCCACCACGUAUGAGGAGCGAGACGCCUGGGUCCAGGCCAUCGAGGGCCAGAUCCUAGCCAGCCUGCAGUCCUGCGAGAGCAGCAAGAACAAGUCGCGCCUGACCAGCCAGAGCGAGGCCAUGGCCUUGCAGUCGAUCCGGAACAUCCGAGGGAACUCCCACUGCGUGGACUGCGAGACCCAGAACCCCAACUGGGCCAGCCUGAACCUGGGGGCGCUCAUGUGCAUCGAGUGCUCCGGCAUCCACCGCCACCUGGGCACCCACCUCUCGCGAGUGCGAUCGCUGGACCUGGACGACUGGCCGGGCGAGCUCAUCAAGGUGCUGUCGGCCAUCGGGAACGAGCUGGCCAACAGCGUGUGGGAGGAGAGCAGCCAGGGCCGCAUGAAGCCUUCGCUGGACUCCACCAGGGAAGAGAAGGAGCGGUGGAUUCGGGCCAAGUACGAGCAGAAGCUCUUCCUGGCGCCGCUGCCGUGCGCGGAGCUGUCCCUGGGCCAGCGCCUGCUGCGGGCCACGGCCGAGGAGGACCUGCGCUCCGUCAUCCUGCUGCUGGCGCACGGCUCCCGGGACGAGGUGAACGAGACCUGCGGGGAGGGCGACGGCCGCACGGCGCUGCACCUGGCCUGCCGCAAGGGCAACGUGGUCCUGGCGCAGCUGCUCAUCUGGUACGGCGUGGACGUGAUGGCGCGGGACGCGCACGGGAACACGGCGCUGGCCUACGCGCGCCAGGCGGCCAGCCAGGAGUGCGUGGACGUGCUGCUGCAGUACGGCUGCCCCGACGAGCGCUUCGUGCUCAUGGCGACGCCCAACCUGUCCCGGAAGAACAAUAACCGGAACAACAGCGGCGGCCGGGUGCCCACCAUCAUCUGAGCCGCGCCCUCCGCCGCGCC